AUAAAUCUAUUUAACUCUCUUAUUACAACAGCAAUGUUCAUUCUACUUUUGCCGAUCAUCAUAACUAGUACUCAAGUGUAUAAAAACAACCUGUAUCCUAACUACGUAAAAACUACAACUUCCUAUGCUUUCGCCAUUAUUACAAUUCCAGCCCUAAUAUUUAUUUACUCAGGACAAGAAACAAUUAUCUCAAAUUGACACUGAAUAACAAUCCAAACACUAAAACUCUCCAUAAGCUUUAAACUCGACUACUUCUCAAUUAUUUUCGUACCCGUAGCACUCUUCGUCACAUGAUCUAUUAUAGAAUUUUCAAUAUGAUAUAUACAUGCCGAUCCACAUAUCAACCGGUUCUUUAAAUACCUUCUCAUAUUUCUUAUCACUAUAAUUAUUCUAGUAACCGCCAACAACCUAUUUCAGUUAUUCAUCGGUUGGGAGGGGGUAGGAAUCAUAUCUUUCCUGCUUAUCGGGUGAUGAUAUGGUCGAACAGACGCCAAUACUGCAGCCCUGCAAGCAGUGCUUUAUAACCGCGUCGGAGACGUAGGGUUCAUUCUAGCCAUAGCAUGAUUUCUCACCAACUCAAACACAUGAGAACUUCAGCAAAUCUUUAUUACAAAACACGAAAACCUAAACACACCUUUAAUAGGACUCCUCCUAGCAGCCACUGGCAAAUCCGCCCAAUUUGGCCUACACCCAUGACUACCCUCAGCCAUAGAAGGACCCACACCUGUAUCAGCCCUACUCCACUCAAGCACAAUGGUGGUAGCCGGUGUAUUCCUAUUAAUCCGCUUUCAUCCCCUGAUAGAACAAAGCAAGACCGCACAGACCCUCACACUAUGCCUAGGGGCCACCACCACCCUAUUUACAGCAAUCUGCGCCCUAACACAAAACGAUAUCAAGAAAAUCGUUGCCUUCUCUACCUCCAGCCAACUAGGCCUCAUAAUCGUAACAAUCGGAAUUAACCAACCAUACCUUGCAUUCCUGCAUAUCUGCACACACGCAUUCUUUAAAGCCAUAUUAUUUAUAUGCUCCGGCUCAAUUAUCCACAGUCUAAAUGAUGAGCAAGACAUUCGAAAAAUAGGCGGAUUAUUCAAAUCAAUACCAUUCACCACCACCUCCUUAAUCGUAGGAAGCCUUGCACUCACAGGAAUGCCCUUCCUAACAGGAUUCUACUCUAAAGACCUAAUUAUCGAAGCCGCCAACAUGUCAUACACCAAUGCUUGGGCCCUACUAAUAACACUCAUCGCCACAUCCCUAACAGCCGUCUACAGUACCCGAAUCAUAUUCUUCGCACUCCUAGAACAACCCCGCUUUAACCCUCUAAACCUAAUCAAUGAAAAUAACCCCUUCCUAAUUAACUCUAUCAAACGUCUCCUAGUCGGAAGCAUUCUUGCAGGCUAUUUAAUCUCCCACAACAUCCCCCCAAUAACCACCCCCCAAAUAACUAUACCCUAUUACCUAAAACUAACUGCCCUUGCAGUUACUAUCACAGGCUUUGUCUUAGCACUAGAACUCAACCUCAUAACCAAAAACCUAAAACUCAACCCUGCUUCAAGCAUAUUUAAAUUUUCCAACCUCCUAGGAUAUUUCCCAACCAUCACCCACCGCUCCCUACCACUAGCCAGCCUAACAAUAGGCCAAAAAUCCGCAUCAACACUACUAGACCUCAUUUGACUAGAAAAUGUAUUACCAAAAUCCAUUUCACACUUCCAAAUAAAAUCAUCAAUCAUCGUAUCCAACCAAAAGGGACUAAUCAAACUCUACUUCCUGUCAUUCAUAAUCACCCUAACAAUCAGCCUACUCUUACUUAAUUACCACGAGUAA